AUGCUGCGACUGACGCGGACUGUACUGGGCCUCCCGGGCUUUACGGGCGGCUUCUCGUUUUCAAGCGCUGCUGCGCUCGCUGCGGCUCGCAAGGUUCUCAUCUCGGACCCGAUCGAUCCGAUCUGCGUCUCGACGUUUGAGUCUGCCGGGUUUGAGGUUGACGCGCGCGACAAGGUGCCUGCGGACGAGCUUGUGGAGCUAAUCAAGAGCUACGACGCGCUGGUGGUGCGGUCGGGGACGCAGGUGACGUCCGAGGUGCUUGCGGCCGGCGCCGGCAAGCUCCGUGUGGUGGGCCGGGCCGGAACCGGUGUGGACAACAUCGACGUGGACGCGGCGACGGCGUCCGGCAUCAUGGUGAUGAACACGCCCGGCGGCAACACAACGUCGGCAGCCGAGCUGACGGUCUCGCUGCUGAUGGCGCUCUCGCGCGACAUCCCGAACGCGACGACGUCGCUUAAGUCUGGCAAGUGGGAGCGGAAGAAGUACAUGGGGACGGAGCUGGAGGGCAAGACGCUCGGGCUUGUCGGGCUUGGACAGAUUGGUCGGCGGGUGGCGGCCAUCUGCCGGGCGAUGGGCAUGCGAACGAUCGGGUACGACCCGCUCAUGUCGGCUGACGCGGCUGCGGCCGAGGCGAUCGAGGCUGUCGACCUCGACGCAGUCUGGGCCGAGGCCGACUUUAUCUCACUCCACACGCCACUGACGGCGGAGACGCGGUCGCUUGUGGACGCAAACACGCUCUCCAAGUGCAAGCCCGGAGUGCGGAUUGUCAACUGCGCGCGCGGCGGCAUCGUCGACGAGGCUGCACUGCUCGACGCGCUCAACUCGGGCCAUGUGGCCGGAGCAGCGCUCGACGUGUACGAGUCUGAGCCGCCUCCAGAGGCGAUUAAGCCGCUGCUCGAGCAUGAGCGGUGCAUCUGCACGCCGCAUCUCGGCGCGUCGACGGAGGAGGCGCAGCACAAGGUGGCGCACGACAUUGCGUCGCAGAUUGUGGACGUGUUUGAGGACCGGGCGGUCCGUGGGGUGGUCAAUUCGCGCAUCCUUGCCGAGCUGAUGCAGCACAAGGAUCUGCUGCCGUUUGUGGAGCUCGCUGAGCGAAUGGGCUCGCUCCUCAUCCAGCUCCGCGCCGACAAGCUCAAGUCGGUGACGCUCUCGACUCGCGGCGACCUGCUCAAGGGCAAGUCGAGCCUGCUCAAGGCUGCGGCACUCAAGGGCAUGCUCACGCCGAUGGUGGAGGAGCCUGUUAACUUUAUCAACGCACCGUCGAUGGCGACCGAGUUUGGUCUCUCCAUCAACGAGCUGUUUGAGAACAAGCCGACGAUGCACGGCAACGAGCUGACCAUCACGUUUGAGGGUGCCGACGGGAUGCGGUCGGUGAGUGGUACUGUGACCGGGCGCGGGACGGCGGCGCCACAGCCGCGGAUUGUCAACCUCGACCAGUUUGCCAUCGACCUGCUCCCGCAGGGCAACGUGCUGUACUUCCGCAACGAUGACAAGCCCGGCGUGAUCGGCGCGAUCACGUCGUUGCUCGGCACGGCCAACAUCAACGUCGGCUCGUUUGCGCUCGGCCGCUCGCCGUCGGGCGCGGCGGUCGGCGUUGUCUCUGUCGACUCGUCGAUUCCGGACGAGCUCAUCGACUCGAUUGCCGGGCUUGACGGCAUGAUUGCGGUGCGGUCGGCAAAGCUGCCGGCGCUCUCGUCAUCGGUUGGCGGCGCGCUCGGGCUCGACGAGUCCAAGCCGGUCAUCCGGCCGAACAACCCCAAGUUUGGCUCCGGCCCGUGCUCAAAGCGCCCGGGCUACGACGUGGCCGAGCUCCCGACGGGCAUCCUUGGCCGCUCGCACCGUUCCUCGGAAGGCCUUGCGCUCCUCAAUGAGCUCACCAACGAGUCGAAGCGCAUUCUGAGCGUGCCCGACGAGUAUCACGUCGGCGUCAUGCCUGGCUCGGACACUGGAGCGUUUGAGGCUGCGAUGUGGAACCUUCUCGGCUCGCGGCCGGUCGACAUUGUCCAUUUCGAGUCGUUCGGGACCGGGUGGUACAAGGACGCGGUCCAGCAGCUCAAGCUCGAUGUCCGCAACUUUGGUGUUGAUGCGUACGGCGAGUUCCCGGACGUGUCGGGUGUGAGUCCGGCGCACGACCUCGUCUUUACCUACAACGGUACGACGUCGGGCGUGCGCGUGCCCGACGGCGCACCAUUCAUCGCCGACAACCGAGAGGGCAUCACGCUCUGUGACGCGACCUCGGCAGUCUUUGCCAUGGACAUGCCGUGGGACAAGCUUGACUGCACCACGUACUCGUGGCAAAAGGCGCUUGGCGGCGAGGCCGCGCACGGCACGAUGAUCCUCUCGCCGGCGGCGGUGGAGCGGCUCAACACGACGACGGCGUCGUGGCCGGUGCCCAAGGUGUUCAACCUCCGCAAGGGCGACGGCUCGGCCAACCUCGACAUUUUCAAGGGCAAGGUCAUCAACACGCCGUCGCUCCUCGCUGUCGAGGACUGCCUUGACGCUCUCCGCUGGGCCGACUCGAUCGGCGGCCUCCCGGCCAUGAUUGCCAACUCGCAGGCGAACCUGCGCGCCGUUGAGCGCGCCGUCGAUCGCUUCCCGUGGCUCUCGUUCCUCGCCAAGGACGCUGCGACCCGCUCGUCGACCUCGGUCUGCCUCGAGCUCGAAGGCGCCACGCCCGAGCAGGUCAAGGCCGUCGUCGCCCUUCUCGCCUCGGAGCGCGUCGCCUACGACAUCGGCGCCUACCGCGACGCCCCGCCCGGCCUCCGCAUCUGGUGCGGUGCGACCGUGGAGACCGCCGACGUCGAGGCGCUCAUGGACUGGGUUGCCUGGGCCUAUGACGAGGUUGUCCGCAAGUGAACGACGCAGUGAGGA